ACGAACUGGAGCGUCGCAUGGGGGUUGGGGUGCCCCGCCAUGACUACUCAGCCUCCGACGCCUGAAGAGUUGCUAUGUAUUCUCCACUUAUAUGCUGGCUUUAACCGGUCAGCAUAUGAAGCUUCUGUCUCCGAACUCCGUCGCAUCAGCCCAGAACCGAAAGACAACGCCUGGAAACGCGAGCGACAGAUUGCAGAUGCUAUUGCUGCUGUAGUAACGCGGCGCGAGAAAGAAGUAUCAGCUGUCACUUGGACGGCGAGUAGCCGCAAUAUCACCAUCCACGUCGCACAGAACGGCGCCGUGGAUUCGGGUGUUGUGGACCAUCUCAAGUUGAUCUGGACAAAGUUGCAGGCGAUCAGCCGAUAUGGACCUCAGACCUCCGAGGAAGCUCUUCGGAAAACUCCUGACGAGGUGUUGGAUGAAGACCUCAUGGACUUGUGGAGGCAAACAUUCGACUACAUCUACACCACUUGUUUCCCCAAGCUGAGAGCUCGCAUCGCGAAGCGCCGACGAGAAGCGCAGGAGUUCAUUACUACCAUGAACGAUGCGAUAGCAUCGGAUGCCCGAUUACCCGACUCAGACACUCCAUUGAGCGAUAUAACCAUUUUGCGCAGGCUGUUGGCUUGCGUGCAACAAAUAUACGAACUUAUCGAUUUGCCUGCGUCCGAGGCCACGCCUAAGAUAGUCGACGUUCUUGCGGAAGAGCGACGUGACUGGGCACGAGCGACAAGGGAGAAUGGGCUUCUUAUGAUAAAUUGGCAAGCUAUUUUUGAGCAGCGGCAGCAAGAGAGAACUAUGGCAUCAAAUGCCAAAACCUUCGACUUUCGACGCUUCAUGGAGAAGGCCUACUCUCUCCACACCCAUAUUCAGACUCUUUGCCGUGCUGCGACAUCUUCUCGCAGAAAGGUUAUGUUCCAUGCAGAACUUGACGUGGUACUAGUGCAGCCUUACGCUGCCCUUUCACGUCCUUUUUCAUUUUCAGAAGAAGACAUCGGCUCUUUCAUUGAAAGUCUAUGUGAAGAUGGAUCCAAGACGCCGCAUGAGGAAGAGGAGGAAUCAAAGCCAGAGGAACAAGAAACCUGUCCAUUCAUCUCGCGAGAGCGUCUCCUAGCCCAGUUAGGCCAGUCAUACUCCAAAACAUCGCAAGUCGUGGACCUCUCUCGCCAGAUCCCUCACUGUGAAUGCACGCUGCUUGUAUAUCACACAACAACAUCCACUGAUCUCCCGCCACAUCCCUACAUUGGCGUCUCCCAGCUGUCUUGUUAUCCAUGUUACCUCUUUUUUGAGGCGUAUCGUCAAGCCGUGCCAAAAGGAGUACUGUGGGAGCUCAAGGGUACACAUGGAAAGAUCUAUCCGGGUUGGGUCAGGCCAAAAGGAUUGUCCCAGGAGGCGAACGAGAAAGUUGAACAGCUCAUGGUGAAGAAGUUGACGGAAAGGCUCCGCUUGAGUCUCGCAGAAGCAAAGAAAGCUCGCACACUUUCCGAUAGCACAGAUGCAUCGGGCAGUUCCGGGGCUUCUCUACGCACUGCUCAUAGAAAUCCAGCGUGGUCAUCAAUUUUGAAUGAACUCUCUCAAGGUUAGGUUGAUGCCCUCAGAGGUAUGGAAAAGUCAUACAGCGAUGGAGGUCAUUGUAAUCGAUUAGCAUGAGAGCAUUUGCACUAACGUUCCAGGAAAAACUACCCGGAGGUUUUGUACAUGUUUGAAACUGUAGGCGCCGCAUAGGCGACGUUUUUUGCAUGUUUUAAACUAGUUUUCAACAUCAUUACAUAAUGUAUCAUUACAUCUCCCAGUCGGAGGCCUGCAC